UCCAGGUCAGUGGUUACGUCAGCGGCUGGAAGUAGGUCAGUGGAACCUUGCGACAUUGUAUCCGUGGCGGUGGCGGUGACGGUCCAGGUUCAGGAGUGAGGUGUAGAAGCCGGCGACAAGGCAGUACACCCGCAGGAGGGAAUACCUUUUAGCACCCCGCCCAUUGCAAGAUCAUCCAAUGGCAGACCAAAAUAUGGACAUCUCCUCAACAAUAAAUGAUUUUAUCUCAUCUGAUCCAAGUGGACUAAUAUUGAACUCCUUGGGCACAGCAAGCAUGGACUUUAACCGGAAGCGCAAAGGAAGUUCCACAGAUUAUCAAGAUGGGAUGGACACUGACAAAGAGGAUCAACACAACAGGAUGGAAUGUACAGAUCAACACGGCAAAGUCAAAAAUGCCAGAGAGGCUCAUAGCCAGAUUGAAAAGCGGCGUCGAGAUAAGAUGAACAGUUUUAUCGAUGAGUUGGCAUCGAUGGUGCCAACAUGCAAUGCCAUGUCACGGAAGUUGGACAAGCUCACUGUGCUUAGGAUGGCUGUACAGCACAUGAAGACCCUAAGAGGAGCCACCAAUGCUUACUCAGAGGCUAACUACAAACCUGCCUUCCUUUCUGAUGAUGAGCUGAAACAUCUUAUCCUCAGGGCGGCUGAUGGAUUUCUUUUUGUUGUGGGCUGCGACAGAGGGAAGAUACUUUUUGUGUCAGAAUCGGUUUUCAAAAUUCUCAACUAUAGCCAGACGGAUCUGAUCGGUCAGAGUUUGUUUGACUACCUCCACCCAAAGGACAUUGCCAAAGUCAAAGAGCAACUCUCGUCAUUUGAUGUGACCCCAAGGGAGAGGCUGAUAGAUGCCAAAACUGGCUUGCCGGUAAAGACAGACAUAACUCCAGGACCCUCUCGAUUGUGUUCGGGAGCAAGGCGCUCGUUUUUUUGCCGGAUGAAAUGCAACAGGCCUUCUGUCAAAUUGGAGGAAAAAGACUUCACGGCCAACUGCUCCAAGAAGAAAGUUGACCGUAAGAGUUUCUGCACCAUUCACAGCAGCGGCUAUCUGAAGAGCUGGCCGCCCACCAAGAUGGGAUUGGACGAAGACAAUGAGCCUGACAAUGAAGGCUGCAACUUGAGCUGCCUUGUCGCCAUUGGCCGGUUGCAUCCUCACAUUGUCCCGCAGCCAAUCAGUGGCGAGAUCAGAGUAAAAUCAACUGAGUACGUUUCCCGGCACGCAAUAGAUGGGAAAUUUGUGUUUGUGGACCAGAGGGCGACGGUGAUUCUGGGAUAUUUGCCACAGGAGCUCCUGGGAACCUCAUGUUAUGAAUAUUUCCACCAAGAUGAUAUAGUGCAUCUUGCAGAGUGCCACCGACAAGUGUUACAGAGCAGAGACAAGAUCACCACCAGCUGCUACAAGUUCCGAAUAAAGGAUGGUUCCUUCAUCACGCUGCGCAGUUACUGGUUCAGUUUCCUCAACCCUUGGACCAAAGAAGUUGAAUAUCUUGUUUCCACAAACACUGUUGUUUUUGCCAGCUCUCUGGAUAGAGGGGAUGGAGCUGCUCUGCCUCUCUCUGGUUCUCCUCCGAACAUGGACAGCGUGUUACAGACUGGAGAAGCCAGUUCAAAGCGUGCACUCACCACUGUCCCUGGAAUUCCUGGGGGCACCCGUGCAGGAGCUGGGAAAAUCGGUCGCAUGAUUGCUGAGGAAGUUAUGGAGCUACAAAGGAUUAGAGGAUCCUCCCCUUCAAGUUGCAGUUCCAGUCCGCUUAACAUCACCAAUACUCCACCACCUGACACAUCAUCUCCUGGCGGAAAGAAGAUUCUGAAUGGUGGUUCUACAGACGUGACGAAUGCAGGAGCACUGGCCACGCAUGUAACAGACAGCACGGGCUAUCCAUACUCGGACAACACCUCUCUACUUAGUGGCAACUCUCACCUAGGUAUUGAUAUGAUUGAGGAUCGUUCAUCCAGUAGUCCCAGCAAUGACGAAGCAGCCAUGGCUGUGAUCAUGAGCCUUCUGGAGGCAGACGCAGGGCUUGGAGGUCCAGUCGAUUUUAGUGACUUGCCAUGGCCCCUUUGAACAAUGUUGAGGACCCCAAGUGGUUUAUACAAAGAGGAGUGUGUUAAGUUGAACACUGAUGAAACUACUCAUCAGAACUUUUGCCAAUGUGUGUCUGUGUUGCUUAUUGACUUGCACGUAGCUGAAACACUCGUGUGGAUCCUGCAAAAAUGUUUCAAUUCCAUCCCAACCCAUUGCAUUUGUGGAGCAAGUUGCUACAUUAAUCUAGGUGAGUUUCCAUUGGGGAUGUUUUACGCCUGUUUAAAAUUUUCUUGCACUUUCUGGAACCUAACUUUGGAAAACACCAAGAUCCCCAUGUGUGCAAUCCUUUCUGCAAAGCUAAUUGUGUCAAAGUUUGUUUUUCUUGCAUUGUUCUGUCUGAUAUUAUAUAUACAUAUAUAUACAAAUAUUUAUUGUAUUAGCCAUGAAAUGCUGCUGUUUUAAAAUUGUAGAGUUGAUCUGGUUUGCCAUUUGUACAGUUUAUUUUUACACAAAUCACUUUGU